UGCCCCCUGUGCACCAUCCAGAGGCACUGGUGUGUGACAAGAACAGCUAUGCAGUCAGUAGAGCUGCAUUCAGCCACACCUUGACAGCAACCUUGGCCAUCCCAGUCCCUCUUUCUGCAGCUUGCAGAAGCCUCUAGGCUGGGGUAUCUUCAGAGAGGAACCUGAAGAACGUCACUGGCCACAAACCUUGCAUAACCAAGAAGGUCUACCUGAGUUUUGGAAAACAGUAUCAGGAGAGGUCAGAAGAAACUUCCAAAUGAGAGAUCCUGAAGUGACCGUGAGACACAAAAGGAUACUGCAAGUUAAUGAAGAGUUGGUGAAAAACUGACAGACUUCGUUGAAUGUUAAUUGACUUGAAGAACGUUUUGGACAAGUUUUCUCGGAGUGAAAGUUUCAGUAAGGAGAAUUUCUUUGUUCUGCAAGUUCUUGAGGGAAUUGCAACAGGUGUUUUUGAAGUCCUGCAUACCAAGUUGGCAUCCUGAUUGGAGAACUUUGUUGAACUCACCCUAAUUCUACUCUAAAGCAAAAAUUGUAAGUACAGUUAUGGCCAACUCUGGGUUCCAGCUUCUUGGCUACUUUCUCGCUUUGGGUGGAUGGAUUGGAAUCAUCUCCACCACAGUGCUGCCCCAAUGGAAGCAGUCCUCGUAUGCAGGGGAUGCCAUCAUCAUGGCCGUGGGGUUAUAUGAGGGCCUAUGGAUGUCCUGUGCAUCACAGAGUACAGGCCAGGUGCAAUGCAAGAUCUUUGACUCUAUGCUCUCACUGGAUGUGCACAUUCAGACGUGUCGAGCUCUUAUGGUGAUCUCUGUGCUGAUGGGGUUCAUCGCAAUCAUUGUGAGUGUCAUUGGAAUGAAAUGUACGAAAGUAGGUGACAACAACCCAUCAACCAAGAGCAAAAUCGCCAUCUCGGGUGGGAUACUCUUCCUACUGUCAGGUUUGUGUACGCUGGUGUCCGUGUCCUGGUAUGCCACACGUGUGUCCUACCAUUUCUUCGACCCGAAUACGCCAAUUAAUGCCAGGUAUGAGUUUGGCCCCGCCCUCUUUGUAGGAUGGGCUGCUGCCAUCUUAAUGAUGUUGGGUGGCUCAUUCCUCUGUUGCUCCUGCGUAAAUGAGGACAGAAGAGGACAGCAGUUCAACCGGCAAUCUCAGCCCUCUACAGCCAGAGAGGAUGAAUUAUUGAGUGAGACUAGUUUCCCUGACUGACCAACCCUCCCUGCCUGCCUAGAAUCCAAAUUUGGACACUUGUCUGUAUGAUUGGACUAUUGUCCUCUCUACACUCUUGUUCCUAAAACCUGUGUGCCUUUUUUUCACCAUCUGAUCAAUAAAUGUGUUUGAAAAAUUGUCAACCCCAUUUCUGUUUCGUGCUUUCCCCCAACACACAUCAAACACCCUACAGUAUGUCUGUGACCCCAUAAACCACUUUUGUAAAUAUGUAUUAUUGAAGUAUGUAAGUGACAACACCCUAAAAACAUGGACUGUUUCAUCGCAAUACAUCUGGUACAUAAUGAAUGUCGUUAUUGGUGGAUGCCCUUAGGUUAUUUCUCUCUAAUACGAUUUUCGUUUUCUUUUUAACUCAAACCUGCUUUGUUUUUCUUUCAAAUUGCAGAGAAAAUGUUAAAAGUUCUCCACCAGACAAAGGCGAGCAGUACUUGUAGUUUGAGAGAGGGCGACUUCGUGGGUCACAAGCUGUUAGAUUUUGGCAACAAACAAGACACAUCUUUUUUUCUUUUUGGUAAAAAAGCAACGAACUCUAUUUAAAACUCUAAAGAAACAAUUUAGUCAAAAAAGAAAAGCUGUUGGCAUGUUUCCCUGUAAUACAGACAAUUUUCAGUAAUUCAUGAAGCCAAGCAAUGCAUUCCACACAACAUGACUUCGUACUGUAAUAUUUAGGCUUCAUAAAAUAAGUUAUGUCAGAGGUUGAGUGAGCCACAACAGUUUUGUCAGAUGGUGUUUGACAAAUAUGUAAUUUUUUUUUGUUACAGUUGACGUUUGUUAUACUUGCCAAAAAACUAUUAUAACUGAUUCAGGGUACAUAAUAAUGCAGUUAAUAAUUAUUAUGCAAAUCUUUGACAUGUGCAGUGUAUUAUUGAGCUAUAACUGUGUUUUAUCUCACAAAAUGUCUUUUAGUUUGCUAAUGCAAGUUUGUCAAAGAUGUCGUAUGUGAGAUGAAUAGUUUCUUUGUUGUAAAAUCAAAUUAUCAUCUUCUUUAUUCUGUUCAUAAAAUAUAUUAUAAGGGGAUUGUCGCUUUUGAGUUUGCUAUGAGGGAAAACGAGAACAUUCAAUUAGUACAUUAUAAAGAGACCCACAUGCAAUUAAAUUGCUUAAAAAUGCUUUAGUGCACUUAUGAUGUGUAUUCAACAUGCAUUGAAAGGCACAGUUAAUCACAAAUGUUGUCUUUAAAGUGGUUACAGGGUUAACGGCCAGUCAGUAGGAUGUCAUUAGAAAUGUUUUAGUUCACGUUCCACAGAAUUAUUUUACCUAAUAUCCAAGCAUGUAUCAGCUCAUAUGAUGUAUAUAUUUUUUUCUGUUUAUCUGUUUUAAAAUAAAAUAAACUA